GAAAGGCUGAUUCCACCUCAUCGGCAGCGACAUGAAACGACAAAGGCCCAUCCCUACUGCUGCCCCGACACAAGCAGAAGCAGACGCGCCUUCGCCUGCAGCCACCACCAUGUCGGUCAAACGCCAGAAGACAUCGCACGCCGCCUUCGCAGCUUCGCAGCCAUUGUUCGACACGCUGCGGAAUGCGCGAGACCGACUGCCCGACCAGGGCAUGUACAUCACCGUUGCCACCAACGUUGUCCAGCAGCUCCACGUCGGCCUGAAAAUCGAGGACGGCAAGAAUGACGUCGAACGACACGCGAGAUACAUGGACGCCAUUGUGGAGGCUUGGAGGUGUGCGACGGACAUGUACUGCGGUAUUUUCUCGCAGUUGGCCACUAUCACGGCUGAGAAGCCUGAGGAGGGUCGUGGCGCGGCUGCCUCGCACGCCGAGUUCAAGAUGAUGCUGGAGAGUGCACAGGGAGCACAGAAGCUUGCACAGGAUUACAGACUGGCGCGAGAGAAACCCGACCUCCCGGUGGUGGAGAAUGAGGUCAAGGUCAACCUCAAGCCAGAGCUUGAGCCAGCCGUGACGAGUGAGAAGGAAGAGCCAAAGUCUUCUUCUGUAUUCCCACCUUCGCAGCCUACCCCUACGCCCGCCUCGAAGAAGAAUAAGAAGGGUGAUGCCAACACCAAGUACGACAAAUCGGGCGCUAUGCUGCUCUGGGAAGAUGGCGAGCUCCAGGUCCCAUUUUCGGUGUUGAGUACGUUAGAGAAGAAGGAGUACGCUAUCGUUCGUGCGAGAACGCAACGGUCAAAGCAAAAGAAGAAGGUCGCUGGCAUCAGGAACAAGGAUCAAAAUGUCAAUGGCACAACAAAGCACAGUGCAGAAAGCUCAACUAGUCAUCCGGCUGAAGCUACUGGAGCAAAGACCAACACAGUCCCGGAAGUCGAAUUCGAAGAUGCAGACGCAGUGGCAGCUGAAGUCGCCUUACGUAUGAAAGCAAAAGAGGACGCCAAACGCGCGAAGAAAGCAGAGAAGAAGCGCAAGCGUGAGAGCGGGGACAGCUUCGUGCAUGGUGACGAGGCUGUGGGCCAUGACCCAGCGGCCAUUGCCGAGAGGCCGAAGAAGAAGAAAGCCAAGAAGUCUGAUUCUGCAGCUGAGGCUGCUGUUCCAGAAAACGGCACUGGCUCUGCGAAGCGCAAGGUCAGCGUCGAAGAUGCUGCAAAUUCAAUUGGACCUGCGAAAGAUGGAGCUGAAAAGCGAGUUACGAAGAAGCAGAAGAAAUCGAAGAAGACCAGCGAGUGAUUCUCAGAAGGUGUGCCAGAGGGCCAGAGACGUUGUUGGACAAGGGAUGUCUGAGCAUGGAGGAAGACAUUGCUGACAGUACAAGUAUGAUCGACUUCGCAAUGGUGAGCUACUUGCUCAUAACCUAGCUUAUAUAUACAAAGCGUGGCGUUUGAGCGUGUGCAGAUGAACGAGCGAAGAGAUACCC